UAAAUAGUGGGUGAUCUUAGGCUUAUUUCCUCACACUUCACACUUCACAUUUCACACACAUACAUUAAAACAAAAACAAAAGUUAUUAAUAGUCAUGGCUAAGUUGGGAUCCAUCAGCGCUCUUCUCUUCGCUGCUCUUGUUCUCUUUUCUGCUUUUGAAGCACCAGCAAUGGUAGAAGCGCAGAAGUUGUGCCAGAAGCCAAGUGGGACAUGGUCAGGAGUCUGUGGAAACAAUAAUGCGUGCAAGAACCAGUGCAUUAACCUUGAGGGAGCACGACAUGGAUCUUGCAAUUAUGUCUUCCCAGCUCACAAGUGUAUCUGCUAUUUCCCAUGUUAAUCUACCGAAACUCAUUGGUGAUUGUGUGUUUAUUUAUGUAUUUUCUUGUGUGUUCCUUUACAUUAAAUAAGUCUGUGUCACUCUUUGAUUGACCUAAUGACAUGUACCAGUUAUGUUUAUGUUGGUUUGUUGUAAUAAUAAAACUAUUAUGUACUACGUACAUGUACUACU